GGAAGAAGAAAAUUCUACGGCACAUAUUUGGGUAUGAUAUUCAAAUGAAAAAAGUCAUCAGCGUAGUAGAGAUUUUGUUCUGUCGUGAUGGAAGAAAAUGAGGAAAUGAAAAUUUUGAAAACUUCACUAAAGAGAUGGGAGAUAAAGUUUUAUAAAGAAAAUGGCAGGAAACCCCAUAGGGAUGAGAUCAAGACAGCGCCACAAGAGAUUCAAGAUGCAUACAUUCAGUAUGGUAAACUGAAGAAAAGCUGCACUGGGCCCCAGAAGCCUAUAGUUUCUGAAAACAGUGAGGAAGCUGAAGAAACAGCCAGUGAAUCACAUCAGUUUGCAAAAGAUGGAGUCUGGGGUACAGUUUUCAAUAAAGGAAACCAAGAAACGUCAGAAACCCACACAUCACCAGGACCAGCUGAAGAUGGAACAAAAACAGAGGCUUCAAACAUGAUGUCCAAAUUAAGUCUCAAAUUGUUUGAAAUGGCCAAAAAAGAUAAAAUGACUGCUACAAAAAAUAAGUCUAAAUUUAAACAGAAUGAAAGUGUACCAGAUGGAGAACUAGUAGAGCAUUCACUGAUGGUAAAAGGAAAGAUUUUCAACAAUUUAAAAAUUAAGAAUAAGAAUUUAGUAAACGAAUCAUCUUUGGAUAAGCAAGAAGAUGUAGAUACAUGUAUUACAAAGAAAUACAAUUUGGAGGCAAGACAGAAAUUUUCUGUUUCCAUCAGUGCAAAGCUUAGUUUGAGUGAUGAACCUGAAAGUAAUGGUCCAAUAUCAUCAACAACUGAAAAGGCAAGCAAAGAUGGAGAACAAGCUUGGGAGAAUUUUGAUGAAGUGGAUGGACUCAGUUCCUCUGUGUUUGAUUCAGAGAACACAUGGACCCCAGAAAUCAAGAAUGAAGAAAAAGGAGGACAAAGCAAAUCCAAAUCAUAUCAGAGACCUAACGUCCCGAAGCAAGUAGUGGGAAAGAAUGAAGAGCAGACAGGCAAUAUGUCCUUGAAUGAGAGUGCUGAGUUCAGAGAUGUGAGAUGGGACAAUGAAACAACCCACAUUGUGGGAAGUGAAAGUAAAAGUUCAUGCAAUGAUUUUGGUUACUCAAAGAAGAGGACUUUGGAAAGCAGGGACAAUAAAGAAAAUAGUGAACAAGAGAGUGAACAUAAGAGUGGAUCUAAGGCGUAUGAAUUCAAUGCUUCUGAUGCUGAAGAUGUUCCCAUAAUUCCAAAGCAGAACAGGAAGAGGAAGAAGGCAGAAACUAAUCCUAAAUCCAAGAAAAGAAAACUUGAAAGUGAAGAGGCUUCAGAAUCAGUGGAUGCUGAUGAUAAUGAUGGUGCACCAUUAAAACCCAAAGUGUCCAUGUCUAAAAGUAAACCCCCUCCUUCCUCUGUUGGAAAUUUUGUGAAGCUGAACAUGAAAGUCAAAACGUAUAAAAGAAAAGGCAAAGGGAUGUCAGGGCCCCAGUACAAGAGAUUCCAGUGGAAACAGAAGAUGAAGUCACGCAGUGAAAGCUAUGGAAACAACUGCUUCAAGUGUGGUAAACCUGGCCACUGGGCUAACAAAUGUCCAGGAGAAAACAAAGAGAGUUAUGGAGGAGAGGCUGACCUGCCUCCUGUUUCUGAAGAGGACUUUCCCAGUCUGAAGGAAGCUGCCAUGAUGGCCAGAGGAGUGAAGCUGGACAAACCAACUAAAGUCAAAGAUAAGAACAGCCAGAAAGGACCAGCCAGGGUAGGCAAGAUAACAGAAAAUGAAGCUGAUCUAGAAGACAUUAACUGGAAUGAAGAUAUCGAUCCAGAGAAUGAGUUAGACGAAGACUUGGAAAUACAGUCCAGUAUUGUGAGAUCAGCUAAAGAAGAUGUUGAAGUCCCCCCUCCCCACACUCCAGUACUGGAUAUGGAGGAAUACACUUGUAAAGGCACUCCUAAUUUCAUCAUGAAAGGAUUGAAGAAGUUUGGUUAUGAGUCAUUCAGAUCAGGGCAAGAGCAUGCAGUAAAGAGAAUCCUAGCAGGAUUGUCCACUCUGGUUGUGUUGUCAACAGGAGGUGGUAAAUCCCUGUGUUACCAGUUACCAGCCUACUUGUAUGCUCAGAGGUCAAAGGCCAUCACCUUGGUGAUUUCUCCUCUUGUCUCACUCAUGGAGGAUCAGGUGACUGGUCUGCCUCCAGGUGUUAAAGGAGCCUGUCUCCAUACCAACAUGACAACAGCACAGAGAGACAGUGUCCUGCAUAAUGUCAAAGAGGGCAAAGUUCACUUCCUGUUAGUGUCCCCUGAGGCUAUUGCAGGGGGUGGAAUGGUUUUGCUCAACAAUCGGUCUUCUCUGCCUCCUAUUGCAUUUGUGUGCAUAGAUGAGGCCCAUUGCUUAUCAGAAUGGUCACACAAUUUCAGACCAUCAUAUUUAAGGCUUACCAAGGUACUAAGGGAGAAAUUCGGAGUGCAGUGCUUCCUUGGACUGACAGCUACUGCUACCCAGUCUACGUCACAGGAUGUUGCAAAGCAUCUUGGGAUUUCUGACAUUGAGGAUGCAAUCAUUCGAGGGUCACCUGUGCCUAAAAAUCUGCUACUAUCUGUAUCCAGAGAUGAAAACAGGGAUGAGGCAUUGAUAGGACUUCUACAGGGAGAUAGGUUCUCCUCAUGUGAAUCAAUCAUUGUUUACUGUACCAGACGACAGGAGACGGAUCGCCUCGCAACACUCAUCAGAACGUGUCUGAAAGAUUACAAAGCCGAGGACUGGGAACAGAAACCAAAGAAGGGGAGAGCAAAGACCUAUGCCUUUUGGGAUGCUGAAAGUUACCAUGCGGGAUUAACUGCAGCGCAGCGAAAGCGAGUGCAGAACGCCUUCAUGUCUGGGAGACUGAGAGUGGUGGUAGCCACCGUGGCGUUCGGGAUGGGCCUUGACAAGUCAGAUGUCCGUGGCGUCAUUCAUUAUAACAUGCCUAAGAGUAUGGAGGGUUAUGUCCAAGAGAUCGGCAGGGCUGGUAGAGAUGGAAAAACAUCACAUUGUCAUCUUUUUCUGGAUUCUGAGGGUCAAGACUUGGCAGAGUUGAAGAGACAUAGUUACGCCAAUACAGUGGACUAUAGGACACUGAAAAAGUUUGUCAAUCAUGUCUUCAUACCUUGCCACUGCAAGAAAGUUCAUGAGAUGCAGCAGGACUGCCAUGAGAAUGCCAUUAAGAUAAAAGAAAGACAAGGCAAAGACAGAGUUUGCCGCGGACAUGAAAGAGCUGUUGUCAUAGAUUCGUUGGUAAUGAAUAUGGAUGUUAAAGAAGAAGGUAUAUUAACCUUGCUCUGUUACCUAGAGCUCCAUCCUCUAAGAUGGGUGGAGAAUUUGGUUAAUGUGUAUGCCACUUGUAAAGUCCAGUGUUAUGGUGGACCAGCUCAACUUCAAGCUGUGUCUAAAAAGUGUCCUCCUGUAGCUGUUGCCAUAGCAAAGGCCAAGAAAGGUGGGAAAUCCUUUUCAUCCACCAAUCAAAUAGAGUUUCCUGUUGUUGACGUUAGUGACUGCAUGGGUUGGGACUCUGGUCUUGUCAAAAGAGAAUUGAAAAGUCUGUCCUGGAACAUAACUAGCCAAGGUCCUCAACGAACAGGUGUCAUGGUGGAAUUUUCAGACUUAGCAUUUCACUUCACUGCCCCUGGUGAUCUGUCAGAUGAAGAACUUGAUGAUGUGUUAGAGUUUCUCCAUGAACGCAUUCAAAAACAAGAGAAGUCAGAGAUACAGCAGCUGAACUACCUCAGUGAUAGCUUGAGGAGUGUUUCUCAUAAGAACUUCUGGAUGUCUGCAGAUGCCUUAGAUGAAGGAAAAAAUAGAAAACUGAAGGAAAUAAUAAAUGACUACUUUGAAGGUCAGAGUCUGUUGAAUCAGUACAAGGAAAAAGAAACAGAAGAAAAAGAACAACAGCCCUCACCACAAGAGGUCGGUCAAGCCAUUGCAGACAUUCGGCAGCUGGUCUGUGUCCAUGGCCAUGAACACAGAUUUAACGGACGAGCCGUAGCACGCAUCUUCCAUGGCAUCAGCAGCCCCUGCUUUCCUGCUCAGGUUUGGGGACGUGCCCGGCGAUUCUGGAGAAGUAACAUGAACUUAGACUUCAACUUCCUUGUCAAACUAGCCGUGCAAGAACUUAUUAAACUUAAGUAAAUGAGUCAGAAAUACAUUCAUGUAUAUUUAUAUUGUUUAUUUAUUUUUAGCUCUACUGGUCAGAGACCAGAAGAGCUUAUGCGAUAGUAAUGCGUCCGGCGUCCGGCCGUCUGUCCGUCUGUCUGUCUGUCUGUCCGUCUGUCUGUAAACAAUUUUUCAAAAUGCUACUCCUCCUACAGUUUUGGUCUAAUUUCAAUAUAACUUGGCACACAAGUAGACUACACUAAGAUACAUAAUUCUGUGUAUCGGUUUUUGAUUUCGGUGAACGGUGUUGCCGUGGUUACUAAAAAUAGAAAUUUCUGUGAAAUUCUUUCAAAACGCUACUCCUCUUACAGUUUUGGUCUGAUUUUAGUAUAACUUGGCACACAAGUAGACUACACUAAGAUACAUAAUUCUGUGUAUCGGUUUUUGAUUUUGAUGAACGGUGUUGCCGUGGUUACUAAAAAUAGAAAUUUCUGUGAAAUUCUUUCAAAAUGCUACUCCUCCUACAGUUUUGGUUUGAUUUCAUUAUAACUUGGCACACAAGUAGACUACACUAAGAUACAUAAUUCUUUGUAUCGGUUUUUGAUUUCGAUGAACGGUGUUGCCGUGGUUACUAAAAAUAGAAAUUUCUGUGAAAUUCUUUCAAAAUGCUACUCCUCCUACAGUUUUGGUCUGAUUUCAGUAUUACUUGGCAAACUAGUAGACUACACUAAGAUACAUAAUUCUGUGUAUCGGUUUUUGAUUUUGAUGAACGGUGUUGCCGUGGUUACUAAAAAUAGAAAUUUCUGUGAAAUUCUUUCAAAAUGCUACUCCUCCUACAGUUUUGGUUUGAUUUCAUUAUAACUUGGCACACAAGUAGACUACACUAAGAUACAUAAUUCUGUGUAUCGGUUUUUGAUUUCAAUGAACGGUGUUGCCGUGGUUACUAAAAAUAGAAAUUUCUGUGAAAUUCUUUCAAAAUGCUACUCCUCCUACAGUUUUGGUCUGAUUUCAGUAUUACUUGGCAAACUAGUAGACUACACUAAGAUACAUAAUUCUGUGUAUCGGUUUUUGAUUUUGAUGAACGGUGUUGCCGUGGUUACUAAAAAUAGAAAUUUCUGUGAAAUUCUUUCAAAAUGCUACUCCUCCUACAGUUUUGGUCUGAUUUCAUUAUAACUUGGCACACAAGUAGACUACACUAAGAUACAUAAUUCUGUGUAUCGGUUUUUGAUUUCGAUGAACGGUGUUGCCGUGGUUACUAAAAAUAGAAAUUUCUGUGAAAUUCUUUCAAAAUGCUACUCCUCCUACAGUUUUGGUCUGAUUUCAGUAUUACUUGGCAAACUAGUAGAAUACACUAAGAUACAUAAUUCUGUAUAUCGGUUUUUGAUUUUGAUGAACGGUGUUGCCGUGGUUACUAAAAAUAGAAAUUUCUGUGAAAUUCUUUCAAAAUGCUACUCCUCCUACAGUUUUGGUUUGAUUUCAUUAUAACUUGGCACACAAGUAGAAUACACUAAGAUACAUAAUUCUGUUUAUCGGUUUUUGAUUUCGAUGAACGGUGUUGCCGUGGUUACUAAAAAUAGAAAUUUCUGUGAAAUUCUUUCAAAAUGCUACUCCUCCUACAGUUUUGGUCUGAUUUCAUUAUAACUUGGCACACAAGUAGAAUACACUAAGAUACAUAAUUCUGUUUAUCGGUUUUUGAUUUCGAUGAACGGUGUUGCCGUGGUUACUAAAAAUAGAAAUUUCUGUGAAAUUCUUUCAAAAUGCUACUCCUCCUACAGUUUUGGUCUGAUUUCAGUAUUACUUGGCAAACUAGUAGAAUACACUAAGAUACAUAAUUCUGUGUAUCGGUUUUUGAUUUUGAUGAACGGUGUUGCCGUGGUUACUAAAAAUAGAAAUUUCUGUGAAAUUCUUUCAAAAUGCUACUCCUCCUACAGUUUUGGUUUGAUUUCAUUAUAACUUGGCACACAAGUAGAAUACACUAAGAUACAUAAUUCUUUGUAUCGGUUUUUGAUUUCGAGGAACGGUGUUGCCGUGGUUACUAAAAAUAGAAAUGUCUGUAAAAUUGUUUCAAAAUGCUACUCCUCCUACAGUUUUGGUCUGAUUUCAGUAUAACUUGGCACACAAGUAGACUACACUAAGAACAUAAAGAGACUUUAUCAACGAUCAUUAUUCUAUUUAGUUUCAAAUCCCAGCUGCUUAAGUACUUUUCUCUUCCUUUGCUAUAAGUUCAAACCAGUAGAGCUUCAGUCUCGACAGAGACUUCUGGUUUUUAUCUUUAGUUAGUAUAUCAUAUGAUGUUAUAUAUGUGAUAUUUUCAAUGUAAUUUACUAGUGUAUUAUAAUUUUAUAACAGUUAUAAAAUUAUGUUGUAAUAAUUACAGGGACAGAAUUGGCAUAUAUAGUAGAUUGAUUUGGUAUGAGGAGGUUAAAUAUUAACAUAUACAUGUACAUUGGUUAUAAUAAAUUAGUAUAGACAUAUUAAUAGUAUUCCAUCUUUUUGAAACAAUGUACAUAUAAGGCCAUAAAAAAUUAAAUUCUUGGUUCUCAGGCCCUCCCUCAUCUCUUCCAAGGGUGCCUCAUUGACCCAUUUUAUUGCAAAAUCAAUAAAAUUAAAACAAAAAAUCACCUCCUUCAUCAUUUUUUGAGGUUUUGUACAAUGUAAAAAGAAGCUGCCUCAUCAUGUUUUGGGGGCAAUAAAAAAGUAAAAAUAAAAAUGCCUCCCUCCUUCAUCAUAUUUCUUGAAAAAAGGCCUGAAAACCAAGGAAUUAACUUUGCAUGGCCUAAACCAAAAACAUGGAUUUUGUUUUCCUUUAUCAUAUGGAUAGAGUCAUUUUCCAAUGAAAGUAAAACAUGGUUAUAUUGAAUUAUAUAUUUAAUUUUCUAUUCAUUACUAAUUAAUUGAUUAAAAUACCCAUGGACCAGUGAAGUACCUGACUAAAACCAGUUCAAAUGACAGCUAGGUGUGUACUUAACUAUCUGUAUUGUACAGUUUUGAUUCAGCUGGGGUAGUAUGCUGAUGUGUAUGUGUGUGUGGAAUAAUGAUGAUGAUCCAUUUACAUGUGCUUUAUUAAAAUUUGCUUCUUUUUCUCCACUCACUUGACUGUGUAUACAGUAAAACUCGGCUAGAGCGAAGUCCUGGGGACCUAUGAAUUUAAUUCGCUAAAUCCGUAAUUCGUUAUAUCCAUACAACGAAUUCGUAUAACCAUUAUAGCGAAUUCGCACUAUGCAUGUUUUCUUUCAAGUAUUACUACCAACUAUGUUAGUGAAGCAAAUAUAAGAAAACAUAUCUUUGAUAACUAAGGUUUUCUUAUGAAUUGAGUUUUGUAU